ACCAAAAAGGGGAAAAGAAGCACAGAAGAAUGUCAGUCAACAAAGAAAGGAAGAGUCAUAGAGUUCCUGGAGAAGAAUGAACUUCAUGAGCUUGAAAAACAAAUAGCAUCUAUUUCUGCAGAAACUUAAGAAACAGAAAGGCAAAUUUAUUAACAAGAUGCUGCCAUAGAAAAUACCAAGCUUCAGUGUGGAAACCUGGAAACUCAAAUUAAAUAUUUACAUACAGAAAAUGUAAAGCUUAAAUUUGACAUAGAAGCAGCCCAAGAAGACUUUGAGGAACACAUGCUAAGAUAUAAUGAAUAUUAUGCAAAAAUGAAAGUACAUAACGAUAGUUUGGGGGAGAUAGAAAGCAAAUGGUCAUUCAUGACUGAAUUCCAUGAAAAACGAGAUCUUGUUAAAAAACUAAUGACAAUGAAAGAGGAAUUUACACAAGAUUCCCAAAAUCCAGAAGGAAACCAGAUGAAACAAGUACAGGAAGACAUUACAAAGCUAAAGUCUCAAAUUAUAACUGUAAAAGAAUCUAUCAUUGAAAAAACUUGUUUUCUUGGGGAACAAAAAAAUACCCAUGAAAAAUUAAGAAAAGAAAUAGAGGUACAACAUAGGAGAUAUGGUGCAAUUCUUAAGCGUUUGCACUGUCAGGUGAACAAACUUCAGUCAAACAGAAGACAAUGGCAAUGGAACAUUGAACAACUGGAAAAAACCGCAGCUGAACUAAGAAAACGCAUUGGAAUGAAAGAUUAAUAUGGCCAUAGAGCAAUGUAGAGCACAGACUGCCUGCAAAAAUUAUGGGACAUAAGGAUUAGCAAAUCCUUUGAAUUCUUAACAACCAGCAUUCACUGUCAGCGGUCUGUCUGAAUGAAAGAUGCAUUUUCUUUUUUUUUAAAUCAGUCAUCUGUUUCACAGUGCCUUCCAACCCUACAAUUGAUAGCAGUAGAUAGACAAUAGUUAUGUUUACAGAAGAAUCGUGGAAGACUGAAUAUUUUGUGUGUAAGAUAUACUGUACUCAUGAAUGCCUGUUUAUAAACAUACGGCCUUCACUAUCAUAUCAACUAAAAAUUUAGAAGAAGAAAAACACUUGAAUUUACAAUGAUUUAAAAAUUGUUAAGAUAUUUUAAGUGAUUGUUUCAAACUUUGUUACAACGUACUUUUUUACCACUGCCUUUAUAAUAGUCAUAAAUAUUGGCAUUUACAAUAAUGUUAUAUGUUCAAUGCUGCAGAUAUUUUACUCAAUUUUCUCCUUUAUGCAUAAGGUAACAAUCAUUUUUUAUUAGGUAACAUAUUUUUAAAGUGCAUAAAAACUUUUAUUCAUUUUUCUGUCUGUAAAUUUCUUUAUUAAUAUUCUGUAACUAAACUUAAAGUAUAACAUUGUGUAAGGCAAA